AUGCUCGAUUUGUUCAAGUCUCUGUUGCCGAAGAAAGAACGGCAGUGGUGCGGUGUCUGUCUCUUCGAGCUCAAUCCGACGGCUAAAUCACAUGCACUCUCAUCCGACAUAGGCGGCCGGUACGAGUACGCGUUUGAAGAGAGCGACGACCACGAGUUUAGCUUUGCAGACUUAAUCAAGUCUUCCAAGCGCGGCUGUGAUCGGUGCAAGGCUCUCGCCUCGGCAUUUGAAAGCUUUGGAGUCGCUGGCUUCGAAGUGGCAAGGUGGGAGCCGCACCUAAACUCACCGGGGAGCCCACUUCUGGAGAUUACAAGUGCCGAUGGUACCAGCCAAGUCUUUGAGAUUUGUAGUAGCGAGACGCCGUUGGACAGGCCGGUGUUUUUUGCUGAUGAUCCCUUACCGCACGUCGUUCUAUGCAGAGGCUACAAGCUCUCACGCACAACUGGAGACAACGAGGCUCUCGAUCAGGCAGCAAAGUGGCUAACGGAGUGUCGGACUUCUCAUGGCGAAUGUCGAGUCAGUGAUGCGGAGUUUGUGCCUAAUCGGUUACUCUAUCUAGGAGACAGCCGGACAGACAGUAAUAUCCUCGAGCUCGUCGAGAAGGCGGCUGCUGUAUCCUACGCCGCCCUGAGCCAUAGGUGGACAAAAGAAACGCCGGCCAAAUCCCUCUUAACGUCGAAUUUUCUGGAUCGGAAGCAGAAUGGCAUGCCUAUAGCAUAUCUGCCUCGGAUGAUGCAGGAUGUCGUACGUGUACUACGCCGAUUAGGCAUUGAGUACAUAUGGAUCGAUUGCUUAUGCAUCAUUCAAGAUGACAAAGACGACUGGAAACGAGAGGCAGCGCUGAUGGCCUCCAUCUAUACGAACGCCGAACUUACUGUGGCGGCUUCGUGGUGCGACCAGCCCGAUCAAAACGGCCAGUCCAUCUUUAUACGUCGUAGGAAGCACCACUUUACUUGGCUCGGCAUCGAAUCCAGCGCCGAUACCAUGGCCGCUGAGAAUCCUGACAUUGAGUGGCCACUCUUGAACCGAGGCUGGGUGUAUCAGGAGCAGUUGUUGUCGCGCCGGAUGCUUCACUUUACGCAAAACGAGCUCAUCUGGGAAUGCUUUGAAGAAACUCGGUGCGAAUGCGGUUGGUACGAUAACAAUACACGCAUUUUCGGCGCUCGAGACUGGUAUAAGCGAUCUCCCGCAACCAAAUCAUGGUCCCAGGUAAUUAAAGGCUAUGCUAAGCGUCCUCUUACGGUCACCACCGAUAGACUUCCCGCUUUGGCAGGGAUUGGUAAAGCGAUUGCAUCAGCAAAAGAUUACGAUGCAGCAGAGUAUCUCUGUGGGUUCUGGGAGAAGGAACUUGAAGAGACGUUCUUCUGGUAUCUCAGCGAGCCUCCCUGCCACCCACGGCCUGAUAUGCGUAUGCCAACAUGGUCAUGGGCAUCCGUGUCUGGAGAUGUUGAGUGCUGGCAAGUCUCUCUAGAAGGCAUUGAGUUCUUGGGAAGCGAUGUGCAGUAUUCUGGUGAUCCUCUUUUAGGUGAUGUGGUGAGCGGGAUGGUGUCGCUCUCCGGACACGUCGCUUCUGGCGUUGUAUACCACGGUCAAGAAUGGACAAGUAUCUUGGAAUCACAGAAAGAUGCUUCAGGUAUGUCCAGCAUUUUGACCGACAGUAGAGCCACUGAAGAGUAUGGGCUGCAGAUUGGGGGACAAUUUGCCACUUUUAACCCGGACUAUAAAUUGGACAUACCCGGGAAAGGAUUUGUUCCCUCUGGCUCGCAAAUUCUUUGUUUACUCUUUGGUCGAACAACCUCUUCCGAAUGGGACGAGUCGGAGGAGAGCACUGAGACUAUUACGACGCACCUUCUCCUCUUGCGCUGUGUUGAUGGGACACCUCUCCGAUACGAAAGGAUUGGAGUAAACGCAACGUGUUUCGAACUGAAAGUGUUUAUGAGUCAAUCUGAGAGGCAGCAACUGACCCUAGUGUAA